GCAGCACCCGCCGCCCGACCCUCCCACCCCCAAAGCCUUGGGCAGCUGCCCGAGGCCACGAGCGCCACAGCCACUCCCCCCUCGCGCCGCACCCUCCCCAAACCCUAACCAACACCAGGUGAACCGUCGACCGCCGACCGGCGACAGCCAUGAGUAAGCUGCAGACCGACGCCCUCAAGGAGGCCAUCACCCAGGUGGUGGCGGACGCCAAGGAGAAGAACAGGAAGUCCACCGAGACCGUUGAGCUCCAGAUCGGCCUCAAGAACUAUGAUCCGCAAAAGGACAAGCGUUUCAGCGGCUCUGUCAAGCUGCCCCAUGUCCCUCGCCCCAAGAUGAGGGUCUGCAUGCUCGGUGACGCCCAGCAUGUGGGAGAGGCUGAAAAGAUUGGUCUUGAUUCCAUGGAUGUUGAAGCUCUUAAGAAGAUGAACAAGAACAAGAAGCUUGUCAAGAGGCUUGCCAAGAAGUACCAUGCUUUCUUGGCCUCAGAGGCUAUCAUCAAGCAGAUUCCACGUCUCCUUGGUCCUGGUCUCAACAAGGCAGGCAAGUUCCCGACUCUGGUUUCUCACCAGGAGUCUCUGGAAGCCAAGGUGAACGAGACGAAAGCCACAAUCAAGUUCCAGCUCAAGAAGGUGUUGUGCAUGGGCGUCGCGGUGGGCAACCUGUCGAUGGAGGAGAAGCAGAUCCAGCAGAACAUCCAGAUGAGCGUCAACUUCCUGGUUUCCCUGCUCAAGAAGAACUGGCAGAACGUGAGGUGCCUGUACAUCAAGAGCACCAUGGGGAAGCCGGUCCGUGUGUUCUAAGCCUGUACCCCUACCGUCCGUCUAUAUCGAUGCUACCUAGAAUACUGGACUUCCUUACUAUGUUUACACAUAAAUAUGUUGGUGUCGUGUCGUGGUUUUUUAUCGAAUUUUGCGUGUGCCCUGGUGAAGAUGACAGAACGACCACUACUGUUUCUCUUGAGUUGUGAUUCUGCUGGAGUGAUGUGCUCAUCGAAAUCAUGCCAGAACCUGUUAUAUAUAUGUGGAUGCAUGUUUUGUACC